CUUCUGCUUCCAGUGUUCCUGGGUUUCUUUCUGCGGCGUGGGGCCUCGCCAAGGACUCGCCGGCCCUGUGGGGCCACGGCUUUAGUGGUGCCUUUUGCGAGUUCUCAUAAGUACAUCGUAAAACCUUCAAGAUGGUUCUAGCAGAUCUUGGAAGAAAAAUAACAUCAGCAUUACGCUCUUUGAGCAAUGCCACCAUUAUCAAUGAAGAGGUAUUAAAUGCUAUGUUGAAAGAAGUAUGUACAGCAUUAUUGGAAGCAGAUGUUAAUAUUAAACUAGUGAAGCAACUAAGAGAAAAUGUUAAGUCUGCAAUUGAUCUUGAAGAGAUGGCAUCUGGUCUGAACAAAAGAAAAAUGAUUCAGCAUGCUGUAUUUAAAGAACUUGUAAAGCUUGUAGACCCUGGAGUUAAAGCGUGGACGCCGACUAAGGGAAAGCCAAAUGUGAUCAUGUUUGUUGGAUUGCAAGGGAGUGGUAAAACAACAACGUGUUCAAAGUUAGCAUAUUAUUACCAGAGGAAAGGUUGGAAGACCUGUUUGAUAUGUGCAGAUACAUUCAGAGCAGGAGCUUUUGACCAGCUAAAACAGAAUGCCACCAAAGCAAGAAUUCCGUUCUAUGGAAGCUAUACUGAAAUGGAUCCUGUCAUCAUUGCUUCUGAAGGAGUGGAGAAAUUCAAAAAUGAAAAUUUUGAAAUUAUUAUUGUUGAUACAAGUGGUCGUCACAAACAGGAAGACUCUUUGUUUGAAGAAAUGCUUCAAGUUUCUAAUGCUAUACAACCUGAUAACAUUGUUUAUGUAAUGGAUGCAUCCAUCGGACAGGCUUGUGAGGCCCAGGCGAAGGCCUUUAAAGAUAAAGUAGAUGUAGCUUCAGUCAUAGUGACAAAACUUGAUGGUCAUGCAAAAGGAGGAGGCGCUCUCAGUGCAGUUGCUGCCACAAAAAGUCCAAUUAUCUUCAUUGGCACAGGGGAGCACAUAGAUGACUUUGAACCCUUCAAAACUCAGCCUUUCAUCAGCAAGCUGCUAGGAAUGGGUGACAUUGAAGGACUGAUUGAUAAAGUCAAUGAGCUGAAGUUGGAUGAUAACGAGGCUCUUAUAGAGAAGCUGAAGCACGGUCAGUUUACAUUGCGAGACAUGUAUGAACAGUUUCAGAACAUUAUGAAAAUGGGCCCGUUCAGUCAGAUCUUGGGGAUGAUUCCUGGCUUUGGCACAGAUUUUAUGAGCAAAGGAAAUGAGCAGGAGUCAAUGGCGAGGCUAAAGAAACUGAUGACAAUAAUGGACAGUAUGAAUGACCAAGAACUGGACAGUACAGAUGGUGCCAAGGUUUUUAGUAAGCAACCAGGCAGAAUCCAAAGAGUUGCCCGGGGAUCAGGUGUGUCAACAAGAGAUGUUCAAGAACUUCUGACCCAGUAUACCAAGUUUGCACAGAUGGUCAAAAAGAUGGGAGGUAUCAAAGGACUUUUCAAAGGCGGUGACAUGUCUAAGAAUGUGAGUCAGUCACAGAUGGCAAAAUUAAAUCAACAAAUGGCCAAAAUGAUGGACCCACGAGUUCUUCAUCACAUGGUGUGUGACUUUCUUGGAGAGAAGAUUGCAUCAGUUUUGGGCAUCAGCACCCCAAAAUACCAGUAUGCCAUUGAUGAGUAUUACCGGAUGAAGAAGGAGGAGGAGGAAGAAGAAGAAGAAAAUAGGAUGUCAGAAGAAGCAGAAAGACAAUACCAACAAAACAAGCUGCAGGCUGAUUCCAUUGUACAGACAGACCAACCGGAAACAGUGGUGUCCAGCUCAUUUGUGAAUAUUAAUUUUGAAAUGGAGGAAGACUGUGAAGCAAUUAAGGAAAACAAACAACGCCCAGUCUCUGUCCCACCAUAGAAUGAAAUUACUGUAUAUAAACCCCAAACUUCUCCAAUCAGGAACUUUUUAUGUUUUUAGUGGGACUUAAAACAACUAUUUAUAUUUUAAAUUAUUAAGGGAAAAUCUUUCUUCAUUCUUAUGCUGUAUCUAUUACAGUCAGGUCUGAAGUUGGGAUAUUUUUGAGUUAAAUUAGUGACUCCCAUUUCCCACCCCCCAUGCUGAGGAGCAAACCUUUCAGAUACACUCACUAGACUCUAUCAUAAGCCCAGUGCUUUGGUUUUAAGACGAUCUUUUAUAAAAUGUAAGGACAUUUAGCCAAGCAUGGUAAUACAUGCCUUUAAUCUUAGCACGAGGGAGGCAGAGGCCGUGGUUCUAUGUGAAUUUAUGGCCAACCUGGUCAACAUAGUGAGCUCCAGCCUAGCCACAUGGUGACCCCUGGUCUUAACAAAAACUAAAGGCAUUCUACAUUAAGAAAAGAGUUAAUUAAGUCAUUAAGAGUUUUGGUUUGGGGGCAUUUGGGGUUUUUUGUUUUUUUAAAGGUUAAGUACUGAUUAAUAAUAAUUCUAACAGCCUGAGUAUAAAGUACCCUAGAGUUUACACAAGGAGGGUUCAGAAUGUGUAAUAAAAGGAGCAAGAUGGAA